AUGCGUAAUAGCAUAGAGAUCCCAUCAAUUGAAUUGUGCAGUCUGACGCGCCCUGGCAGGAAGAAGGAGCUUUUCAACGGCAUGGUCGAGACUCCGAAAUCGCGGUCGCGAUCGCGAAAAUCUCUGUUGCCGAGCGAUUCCGACGCAGAAGGCGAUUCUAGCUCCGCUGCGGAGAGCACCAAACGGCCAACUCAUCGCCGACGCCUGCCCAAGUUUGUUGAGCACAUUGACGAGACAGACGAGGACGUAUCCACAGCGGAAGGCACUCCACUGCCGGAGACAAUCGGGAAGCGCAUCUCGAAUGGAAAGACUAAUGGCGCAACGAACGGCUAUGGCAUCGGCAAGAUAAACGGCACGGGAAAUGGCCACGCAAACGGAUACUUGAACGGCCACACCAAUGGCUACGCGAAUAGCAACACAAACGACCACACAAACGGCCACACCAAUGGCCACACCAAUGGCCACACAAAUGGCUAUACGAAUGGCUACACCAAUGGCCACACGAACGGUUAUACGAACGGUUUCACGAACGGCCAUACCAAUGGUCAUACGAAUGGCCACACAAAUGGCAACACAAAUGGCUAUGCCAAAAGCGACACGAACGGCCAUGCCAACGGCAACUCGAAUGGCCACGCCAACGGUACGACGAUUGGUCAUGCUAACUGCAUCACGAACGGCCAUGCCAACGGCACCACGAAUGGCCAUGCCAUUUGCGCCACAAACGGCCAUGCGAAUGGUGAGGCUGUGAAUGGAAACGGAGUCGCGCAUGGACACGUUGUUGAUGGAUGGAUGCCUGGCGCAGACCACCGCAUCGAUUACUCGGGUAGCAAAGAGUUUGGCGGCGCAUUGGGCGUGUCCGCCAUGAUGAUCUUUUUCCCAGUGUUGAUGUGGUACAUGUGGAUUGGCUCGACGUUCUACAGCGGCCAGGUCCCGUUGCCUGCGCCAGGUGAGUCCUGGGCCGACUUUGGCCGCAACAUGGUCAAUCUCGUGUACACAAGCGCAUUUCCGUCCGUCAAGGCCUGGACGAUGUACUGGACGUUCCUCAUCUUCGAGGGCGCCUGCUACUGCCUCAUGCCCGGCAUCUGGGCCUACGGCAAGCCGUUGCCGCACGCGGGUGGCAAGCAGCUCCCGUACUACUGCUCUGCGUUCACCAGCUUCUACUUCACCGUCAUUGUGGCCUUCACGUUGCAUUUCACCGGCGUCUUCCCGCUGUACACCAUCAUCGACGAGUUUGGCCCGCUGCUGAGCGUCGCCAUCCUUUCGGGCUUCCUCGUCAGCUUUGUGGCGUACUUCUCAGCAGUCUGGCGUGGUGCCCAGCACCGCAUGACGGGGUCGUUCCUCUACGACCUCUUCAUGGGUGCCGAGCUCAACCCGCGCAUGUUUGGCAUCCUGGACUUCAAGAUGUUCUUCGAAGUGCGCCUGCCGUGGUUCAUUCUCUUCCUGCUUUCAUGCGCCGUGGCAGCACGCCAACUUGACCGCUAUGGCUACAUCUCGGGCGAGAUUGGCUUCCUGGUCAUGGCCCACUACCUGUACGCCAAUGCAUGUGCCAAGGGCGAAGAGCUGAUCAUCACGACCUGGGACAUGUACUACGAGAAAUGGGGCUUCAUGCUCAUCUUCUGGAACCUGGCCGGCGUACCGCUGUCCUACUGCCACUGCACCCUGUACCUAGCCAACCACGACCCGGCCGAGUAUGCAUGGAGCAAGCCGGCGCUGAUUGCGCUGUACGGCUCGUACCUGUUUGUCUACUGGGUGUGGGACAGCGGCAACAGCCAGAAGAACCGGUUCCGCGCACAGGAGCGCGGCACGCUGGUGCCUCGCAAGACAUUCCCGCAGCUGCCGUGGCAGACAAUCAAGAACCCCAAGUCGAUCAAGACCUCCACCGGCGACGCUAUUCUGGUGGAUGGAUGGUACGGUCUGGCACGCAAGCUGAUCUACACCUGUGAUGCUUUCUUUGCCAUCUGCUGGGGUCUCAUUACCGGCUUCAAGAGCCCCUUCCCCUGGUUUUACCCUGUCUUCUUCUGUCUGAUGAUUGCCCAUCGGGCCCAACGCGACAUUGAGCGCUGCCGUCUCAAGUACGGCGAAGCCUGGACAGAGUACGAAAAACGGGUGCCGUAUCUUUUUAUUCCGUACGUCAUUUGA